GCCAUGACGUCAUAAGGCUGCGCCGCUCUCCUGCAGCUGAGAUUCUUCAGAAGAACGAUAAACUCCUGUGAAGCGACUGAGAUCCACAAGACACUGAUAUAAAGAUGACGUUUAUUAAAGUCGAGAGCGAAGAUGUGAAGAUUGAAGAGGCUUUCACAGUCAAACAAGAAGGUCAUGAGGAACAACAAACAGAGAUGACGUUUAUUAUAGAGCAGAGGGAAGAUGUGAUGAUCAAAGAAGCUUUCACAGUCAAACAAGAUCCUGAAGAACAACAAAGAGAGAUGACGUUUGUUAUAGAGCAGAGGGAAGAUGUGGUGAUCGAGGAUGAUUUCAGAGUUUCACAUGGAGAUCCUGAGGAACAAACAGACCCGAUGGCACUGAAAGAGAAGAGUCAAGAACUGAAUGAAACCGAAGAGAAAAAUCAGAAAUGUCAUGAUGUCAUGGCUGGGGAAAACUCUUUUAGUUCCUCUCAGACUCGUAAAAGAGAAACUAGAAAGCCUAAAGUCCAGAUGAUAGUUCACACUGAAGAGGGACCGUUCGCCUGUCAACAAUGUGGAAGGAGUUUCAGUCAAAAACAAGGCCUUACAAUGCACUUGAAAACCCACAAACGCAGACCUUAUAUGUGCAAAAGGUGUGGGACGAUCUUCAAAGUAAAAAGACGUCUUGAGGCUCACAUGAGAGCAUGCUUUUGUGAAAAGCGGUUCAUAUGCUUUCAGUGUGGAAAGAGUUUCAAUCAAAAACAGAGUCUUAAUGGCCACAUGGGAAUUCACAAUGUAAAAGGCCCUUUUACCUGCAAACUGUGUGGAAAGAAAUUCAAACAGACAAUAAGGCUUAGGUAUCACAUGAGUAUUCACUCUGGAGUGAAGCCGUUCAAAUGCCCUCACUGUGGGAAGAGUUUUAGACUGAAAAAUACUCUUAAAAUCCACUUGAGAAUUCACACCAGAGACAAUCCUCACACCUGCAAAAUGUGUGGGAAGAUCUGCACAUCAAAUGAUCAUCUAAUGUCUCACAUGAUUGUUCACAAGCCUCACACCUGUGAACUAUGUGGGAAGGGUUUCAGAGUAAAUAGUCAUCUGAUUAUUCACAUGAGAGUUCACACCGGAGAGAAGCCUUACACCUGUGAACUGUGUGGAAAGAGUUUCAAACAUAAAAUAAGCCUUAAGAAUCACAUGAGUAUUCACUCAAGAGAGAAAUGUUUUAGAUGUCAAGUGUGUGAAACAAGUUUCACUGACCAGAUUCAACUUAAGAAUCAUGUACAAAAUCACACUGAAGAGAAGCCUUUCACCUGUCCUCAGUGUGGAAAGAGCUUUACAGCUAAAGGAAACCUUAAGACUCACAUGAAAAGUCACACUGGAGAGAAACCUUACAAGUGUCCUCAGUGUGGAAAUGGUUUUAAAAUGAAGGGGCACCUUAAUGUUCACAUGCGACUUCACACUGGAGAGAAGCCUUUCACCUGUCCUCAGUGUGGAAAGAGCUUCACGCUUAAAGGAAAUCUUCAGAUUCACAUGAGAGUUCACACUGGAGAGAAACCUUUCUCCUGUCCUCAGUGCAGAAAGAGCUUCACAAGUAAAGGAAACCUUAAGGCUCACAUGAGACUUCACACUGGAGAGAAACCUUAAAAAUGUCCUCAGUGUGACAUGAGUUUCAUAUAUCACAUAAGUUUGAAACAGCAUUUGCAAACUCAUUCUUGAAAAAAAUCCUUGUUUCCAAUGUGACAAAAGUUUUAGAAAUGAUGCAUUCACUCUGGAGAAAGACAGUUCAUUUGUGAUUGGUGUAAUAA